GCGCGAGGAGCUGACGUCGGGGGAAAUGAAACGAGCGCUGAGGCGGAGCUGCUUCACAGAAUGGACGCGGACGAGCAGCCGACACGGACUUAACCCACUUCACUGAGCAGGAUACUGAACCCACUGCCCCCUUCCCCCCCGAACAUUGCCCGCACACAACAUCGAGGUCCGGCUGUGUGGUUGCUUUUCUCCUAGUGCCCUCGUAUGGACGAUGAGGAGGAUGAUGUCUUUGAGCCAGACCCCCACUGCUGGCGCACCCCGUUCGGGGAUAUAAAGUGUGAAGACCGGGGCACACAGACACCUGGCCCGGCCCUGGCACUGCACAACGGCAUGCUGCCGUGUGGAGUCGCAGAGGAGCCCAGACCACUCUUCUACGGCAACGCAGGUUUUCGAUUGCACUUCCCGGCACACUUUGAGCUUUUUGGGGAUCAGGAAGCGAGGCGGCAAGAAAGCCAAGAGGAGCGAAACGGGAUGGAGCAGCUUCCCCGGCAGCAGCAGCCUGUGGCGCACAGUGUGGAGGCCUGCAUAGGCCAGAAACUCCAGCUGAUAGGAGACCAGUUUCACCGGGAACACCUACAACUGUAUCAUCGAAACCAAAGGAAUCAGGGGCCGCUGUGGUGGCGCCUGGCCGCGGCUCUGCUCAGCCUUCUGUUUGACAGGGGGCUCAUCGCCGGAGGAGGUGGAGCAGGACGGAGGUGAGGGGAUGUCUUCCUCUUGCGUCCCUUUACCUCAUCUCUAUGAGGAACUGGACUCCUAAUGGCACUGUCGAAUCUAACACGGGUCUGUUUUUUGGUGGGGCGAAAGAAAGGAGACAAAAGGUCACCGCGGGACGGAGACAACCAACUUUUAUAAAAAAAAAAGGUUGUGUAAUUUUUUUUCUUUCCAAGAAGAUGCCAUGAUUCUCCGAGAUUCCUCUACAGGACAAUGUUCAUAUUUUCAUAUACGUGUGGCGUAUUGGUUUUGUACAGUACAUCGUUCUUGUUAAAUUUUUUGCACUUCAACAUGUAUCCAUCUUAAAUGACCUCCACAGACCCUGGGAAUGCCUUAUUCAAUGUCUUCUGCCAGAAAGAGUAUUGAGCAAUUAUGACAGGCGAGAUGAGGUGGUUAGGAAAUGUGGUGUGAGGUUUCUUUUUUUCUUUCUUUUUCGAAGAUUCCCAGGUGAUCAGUCAAGUUGAUUUACUAAUUUUCCAAAGAGGCAACUUCUCAGAACAAAGCAUUUUGCACCCCACCUCAAUGGAACAUUUUCUCUUUUAAUUUUCUUUACUUUUUUCUCUGUUUUCUUUGUCCCCCAUCCACUUCAGUGUGCCUUUGAAUAUCAUCCCUCAGUAACCUUCAAAACAUUGGGAACAAAGGAAAGUUUACGCACGUGACUAAGUCAGCACACCAGUAACUGUGAUCUAAAUAAUAUGUUCAGAGGGAGAACUCAUUAGUCAUCUGCCACAUGUCAAACCAUUAGGUCAUUAUGUUUUAAAUGGCUCGCAAAGUUUCGGGGCGGAGUGUCGAACAACAUCACCCACUGGUCUAACAAGACUGGUGACUGCCAGCAAACCUGUCCACAACAACAGACUCAAAGGAAAGACUGGUUGAUGCUGUUAUCACAAUUAGGAAACAGUGGUGGAAAGUAACUGAGUUCACUUUUGAGGUAGAUGUACUUUACUUGAGGAUUUCCAUAUUAUACUACUUUAAACUUUCACUACUUUUUAGUAUAAGUAGUGCUUGUUUCACAGCUUUAGUUCCUAGCUGGUAUUAAUAUGAAGAUUUGACACAAUGAAUAAUAUAACAUUUAAAAUAAAACACAUUUUUUAACGUUAAACUGCAUUUUUGCUUCAGAAGUCUUUUUAAAAAGGUCGAUGUGUUGUCACAUUUCAGUAAUUUUUUCAUUUCAAGAUAUGUUCAAAUGAUCAGAUAACUCACCAAAAUAAGAUACAAAUUAAAAAGUAAAAGUAAAAAAUAAGAUACUUUUAUGCUACUUCUUGUAGCUUCUUGUUGAGAUGUUUGACUUUUAGAUUGAUCCAGUGACCCUGUUUAUAAAACUGUACAUAAAGCUACACCAGUAACAUGCUGCUUCAAUAUUAAUACUGUAAUGAUAUCAAACAACAUAAUAGGGACCAAAACCACCACUUUUACUUAAAUACUUUAAAUACACUGUGCUGCUUAUACUGUUGCUUUUGUAUUUUUACUUAAGUAGGAUUUAUCAUGCAGGACUUUGACUCUUAAUGGAGAAUUCUCUCCAUUAUUGAAUUGUAUCUAAGUAAAGUAUCUGAAUACUUCUUCCACCGCUGAGGACUAAUGAUACUGCAAACAAAUAUAUUAAGUACAAAACCUGUGGUUAGCUGUAAUUAAUAGGUUUUACAUUCAUUUAUAAGAACUUUGAACAGUAACAAACAACCCAAUACUGAAUAAUAAAAGUUAAUGAGCCGAUGAAAUCUCUGUUAAUUAAUUUCUUUUAAUGAGCUUUAUUUACCAGUUGGGACCAUGCUAAUAUUAGACUUUGUUGCCAUUUUAUUCCCGUAGGAAUCAGACAUUAUUGAUUUGGUUUUCACAUUGAUACCCGGUUUUCAAUGGGUGUUUGUUACUGUACAAUGCAGGGGUCACUUUGCCAGUUCAUUUAAUGCAUAUUACUUAGCUAUCUGUUAUUUAGUGCACUGAACACAUAUUUAGAUUAAAGUUGAGGUGUGCUGUCUUUUUCGUGCGAAAAACUUUUGAAGCACUGUGCAUUAAAUUAUAAUAUUAGAGGAAUUAUUUGCUUAAGCAAAGUAACAUUUGCUUUCCCCAAAAUAACACAACCGAGAUAUUUUGACCAAGUCUGCCUUCAAGAUUUUUUUCCCCCCUUUAGUUUUAGUUGUGUUCUUUUCAUGUGAUUGUUUUCAGACCUCCAUGCCCUUGAAGUGGAGCUGUGGAUCCACUGUUUUUGCACUAGACUUUUCACCCUUCAAGAGCUCAGAUUGUUACCAGGCUAACCUCUGUCUUGUAUGAAGGUUUUUUCAGUUACGACUCGUCUUCAUGCCACAACAUUUCAGACGUACUCAUUGGCAUGUCCAAUCCAUCUCGAGACCUAACUGAACACAGUCUGGAAUCUGGAUUGGACUCAGAAAGUUCAUGCACCAACCCUUUCGGGCUACAACAGCGCCACGUGCCUCGGUUGAAAGGUUUUCUAAGUUCAGGGUUGCUUUACACAGCCUGUGCGUGUUCUGAACACCAAACAAUGCUCCAUAAUCAAUCUGUGAAACAGAAUCUCCCCCCUCAGGCUACCUGUACAGGCUUUUUACAUCAUGUAAUAUCCUGACGGGUGAUCUUAUAUUGUGUUUGGUGCUUAGAUCCAGAUUUGGGACAUUUUCUUUUAAUAUACUCAGUAUAACCACCACUGACUCAGCAGACAAACAGUCUCUGAAAUGAAACAAAAGUGAAAAAGACUGUAAUUAUUGUUGAAUUAUGAAUAUGUUUAAAGACACUGUUGAAGAUGCUGUUUGUUGUAUGUUUUCCAUUGCUGAACCCUGGCCAAUGUUUGGACCCAAGGAGCAGUACAUAUCAGGGGUCUGUCAUUACUUGCUCCUUACAAUGUGUCAAGUUUAUCACUGCAUAAUUAGGGUUUCCUCUCAUUUUCUUAAAGAUGUCUCAGGGACAGACUUUGUGGGCUACUGGUAACCUUGAGAAUCUGUUACACGUUUGGAAGGAGAGCUGCGUUUUCACCCGUUUAUUUAUGACGAAACCUCCCGGCCGUUUCGUCAACCCUUCAUUUCAUUUCAGUUUAAAAUGUCCUCGUGAGCGAUUUCGCAGCACACACAUAUACAAGGGUACAGUUUGACUGAGGAGUCUGAGGCUGACUUGCUGACUGUGGUGGUGACGGGGGGCUGCUGAGCAUGUAGUGAAUAGGCGUGUGAGGUGCACUGAAUGUGGUUGUGGUUAUAGUUUCCUGCGGAUCCUGAACGCUGAGCCAGUCCCCGUAGUUCCCCCGUCUCACCACUGGCUCUUGACUUCCUCGGUGCUGCUCCUUCAUCACAUGGGUGUUGUUCAUCGGCUCAUUUUACUUUGUAAUUUAUUUUCUUUUCUUUCUUAUUUAUUUGUUUGUAUAUCUGCCCAUUUCUACUGUAUACACUUGUGUGUGCAAUUACUUCAAAUUUUCUGCUGUUUUUUUUUUUUUUUAACUUUGGUCUCUGACUUGUAUGUGCUUCAUGUGAUAUGACCCCAAAAUCUACUUUUUUUUUGGAUACCCUUCCCGUGUAGGGUUAAGGCUGUAACAAGGUUGUAGUUUGACCAGCAGCUAUGGUCACUUUAGAUUCAUAUUGGUACUUUUGAAAAGCAUAGUACCCACAAUGCAUUUACAAUGACCAUAGCUGACAACAUCAAGCCUCUUACAGUCAACUUUCAAGCUUGCAGGCCUGCAGAGUGUUGGACAAGCUGCUUUCAGACAUGCACUGAAGUCAGAAGGUUUUCCUGAAAUUUUUCCUGGAGGGGCUGCAUGGGAGAAUGUGUCCAGUUGCUCUGGACAUUUUCCUCCCACCAGCCCCCCCAACUAAAAUUUCAGGAAAAUGUCAGAGUGAGCCCGUGUAAGAAUACAACAGGAAAUAUCUGGAAAAUUUACAAUAAGAGAGAAAACUGGAACAGUAGAAAUAUCUCAGGAUGAAAAAGAGGGGCCAUACACAUAAAAGACGUAGACAAAGAUUUCUUAAUUUGACAAUGACAUUUGAGAGCUUUUGGCGAUGCAGGCCUGUGCUGUUGUCGUGAUGUAAAAAAAAUCCAAUCACAUCAUCCGUGCUCUAUCCAGGCGCCACCCCUCGCCUGAACGUUUUGGAAAUGUUCCUGUUGUUGUUAACACAUCUGACUCAGACAAGGCAAACGAUGGAAAAUAACCGGACCUGAUUUUCUGUACAUUUUCUGUAAAUGUCACGUCUGAAAGCAGCUAUAUUCAACGUAAGAAAAAGACGAUUUUGGGUUCAGUAUUAUGAUUUCCCGGGGAUGAGCCCAACUAAUUCAGCCCUUUUGUCAUCAUCUCCCACAGCUCGAUUCACCAGUCGUCAUGGUCACAUUCACAAUAUGUUGUUUAGAAAAGCAGCAGCAUCAACACAGUUUAACCUCUGAAUGAGUCAUUCACCCCUCCCACCCACUGAUAGUGACACAGAUGUCAUUGGAAGUGCUUCCAAACACACAUGUAAAAAAAGGUUGCCUUCAUAUUCCUCUCAAGUCACAGGGCGUUAAUGUUUGUGUUCGAUUCUUUAAAUCUUGAUCAUUGUGUUGUAAUCAACAUGCACUGGAAAGUACUUUGUAUCUAGAGAUCCCAUGGGUCCCUUAUCUGUCGUGUGUUAAUGUAUAGUAUACACUCUGGAUUGUUUUCUUGGGCUAAUCUUGCCGUGUGUCAGCCGUCUAUCUGUGACCAAUGGGCUCAGGCCUGUUUGAUCUUAUUGGAAAGGGAUACAAGCCACCGUGGUGCCCUGUAUAAUGUUGUUCGGAUGAGGUUCCCAAACUGCACUCACCACAUGACAUGUGAGUGUGGGGAAUCCCUAGAGUGGGAUAUGUAUUUUAUGGAAACCGCAGUGUCUUGAAUUUUGUAGUCCACUUUAUAUAAAUUUGAAGUUUUUGAGGAAGGUUUUGAUUUUGAAAUUUUUUUUUUAAAUGGUAACAUUUCUUCUUCAUUGUCUUUCUUAACUUUUUUAAAAUGUAUUUUCUUAAGAAAAAAAAAAGGGUCUGCUUUUAUAAGAACAGUUCAUGCGUGUAAGAUGAUUUUUAAUAUGAGUAGAAUCCUUUUGAAGUUCACGAGAUCAAGGGCAUUUUUUAAUGAAAAAUGAACUUGCAACAUUCCUUGCACAUCUCAUUGCCGUGUAUAAACGAAGCCAAGCAAACCAAAAUAUUUCAUGGUUGUGGUUGAUUUGGCUCAGGAGCUUAUAGCUAUGAAAUGUCUGCCCUUCUUACAGAACAGAUAAUGUGUAAAUGUAUUUCUAAAAACCCUGGAAUAUGCCUUUAACUGCUCAGUUUCAGAAAAGUCUUGAUUAUCACACACUCUCUGUAUACCAAGAAAUGAGACCCAGCGAAAAUGUAGCAUUUUUGUAAACAUUGACUGUGUGUUGUCGAGACUCUACUGUGCACUCAUUUUUUUGUGUUUAUAUAUAUUUUUGGUUGUUGAUAUAAUAUGGAAGUAAAGACAAUUUGUUAUGUAGUGCAAUAUGCUGUACAUACGGAGCUUUGCUCUACAAAUCUUUUUUUCUCCUGGAUUUCUUGUUGUUUAUUGGUACUUUUUUCAAUAAAAUUUUAUUGAAGGUU